ACGGAAGUUAGCAGGUUUACAAAGUGUUUAUGGGUCAAAAACUUUUACAGCAAAAAAUCCAUAAAGCCCUAUGUCCGACUCUAUCACCUGCAUAUAUGACAAGUCGGAGCGGAUGUAAAUAUGUGUUAGUUUGUUGGCGGAUAGUUCAGUGCUGAGCUGGGAUACAAAUUCAUUUUCUAUCUAGUGAUUAUCUUGAAAAGUCAAGAGUUGUAUAAACCUGACUUGCCAGUCCAUUCAAGCGGACGAGUUUGUUAUUAUUAUUUGACUAUGUCUAUUUCCCAAGUUGUUCCUUUUCCAAUUCCUACUGGAACUUCAACACAGAUGACCAAGACCCCUAGUCCAACUUCCAGCAGGAGCUGCUGUGAGAAUGGUCGGCCCAUCAUGGCAGACCCUCACACUGGACAGACGAUCUGCUCAUGCCAGUACAACCCAGCCCUCCUGGGCUACUCCAGGCUGGCUGGACUUCCCGAGGGCGUCUAUGGAAGCCCUGCCUACACUGCCCAAGGAUUAGUCCCUUUUGCUUCGGAAGGAUCUGCUUUUUAUUCUCCUCUUACCAGUGGUCCCUAUGAUAUUAAGGAAGCUACGGAGGCUUGGAGAAGCCUCGCUGCAGCUCAACCCGGGGCUUGUUUCCCGUACGACCCUACCAUGUCAGUGUACCCUUAUGGCCCUGGAUAUGGUGGAAUUGACCUAAACGCACGACGCAAAAACGCCACACGUGAAACCACGAAUACAUUAAAAGCCUGGUUGUAUGAACACCGAAAAAAUCCCUACCCCACAAAGGGCGAGAAAAUCAUGCUGGCCAUCAUCACCAAAAUGACUCUGACACAGGUCUCCACCUGGUUCGCUAACGCCAGAAGAAGACUGAAGAAGGAAAAUAAGAUGACGUGGUCCCCGCGAAAUAGAUCUGAGGACGAUGCAGACGAUGAUCUGGACAAUGAUGAGGAGGACGAUUUGUUGCGGAAAAACGACUGUAUCGUCGAUAAAAAAGAAUCCAGCAACAAAAUUGAAGAGUCGUCAAAAGACUGUGAAGAUCGAGAACUAAAUGAGAAAAUUAUCAGCGUGGACGAAGAUGAAGAUUCUAAUCUGAGUUUUGAAGAGAGAGACACGCGACAAAGAGUGGAUUCCCUGAGCUCAGAAAGCGAAAGUUUAUCGAAUAAAAUUCUUCGAAGGGAAGCAGAUGCGCCUUCUCCAAAUCUCAGCAUUGGCGAAGAUUCAAGAUGUAGCGACUUGGCCUCUCCUCGGUGCUCCAGCGCUGUCACGUGUUCACCCCAACCUAUUAAAACUGACACAAAUUCUACCCAAAAUCAGGACAAUCGAUCCAAAAUUUGGUCUGUGACCCAGUUUCUGAAUAAUUCGUCCUCAUCCGAUGACGAAAAGGACGAAGAAGUGAAAAAACCUAUUGUGACGUCAUCGAUGUCAAGUCGAGGCUCCCUUGUCCCUCAUAGUGCUUCGGACUUGUAUUACCUUACCUCCACAGCUAGUCACAUGAUGAGGGCCGGCCGGUACGGCGGUUUUGGCCCUUACCCCAGUGCUUUGUCGUUGGCACAUCCGCCAUUGUCGUACCCUUACAUCCUGUCCUCUCACGCCGCGGCAAAAAGUUCUCUGGGCGGAUCUCAUUUCCCGUUUUCUGGACCGGAAAACCUGUCCAAAUCUGCAGAAAAACUCGUAAGGUCAUCUAGUUCUCUAUUUUCCCCUGCAAGAGACAUUGAUGUUGUUCGUCCCUAGAUAAAUUAUUGUUCUUCACAUCCUAUUACUUCGUCGUUGAUUUAUUAUAAUUAUUAAAGUAAAUGUAUGUUUUAUCUAA